AAUGGUAGAUGUAAAGUUACAUGGAGCUUGGGCUAGUCCUUUUAGUUGCAGAGUGGUUUGGGCUCUAAAACUAAAAGGCAUACCAUAUGAAAACAUAGAAGAAGACCUUCCCAACAAAAGCAAGUUGAUAUUACAAUACAAUCCAAUUCAUAAGAAGAUCCCAGUUCUCGUUCAUGGCAGAAAACCCAUUUGUGAGUCCACGAUCAUCAUUGAAUACAUCGAUGAAACAUGGCCUCAAAAUCCCUUGCUUCCCUCUGAUCCCUACCAGAGAGCCCUUGCUCGGUUUUGGGUUAAAUUCGCCGAAGAUAAGGGUUUUGCAGUUUGGACAUUAUUCAGAAGUUCAGGAGAAGAACAAGAAAAGGCGAAGAACGAGAGCUUGGAAUCUCUGAGAACUAUAGAAGAGCAUGGACUUGGAAACAAAAAGUUUUUUGGAGGAGAAGAAAUUGGAAUAGUGGAUAUUGCUUUUGGUUGGAUGUCUCUAUGGCUUGGAAUCAUUGAAGAAAUAGUAGGUGUGAAAUUGCUUGAAGCUCAUCUAUUUCCUCGUUUAUAUGCAUGGACCAAAAACUUCAAAGAAGUCCCUGUGAUCAAACAGAACCUUCCUGAUUGCCAUGAAUUGUUGUUGCUUUUCAAGGGUGUGAGGGAACAGGCAUUAGGAUCUUCUUCUUCUUCUUCUUCAUAAAUGGAUUAAUAGCUGGUUAAUUUUCUGUUUUCCUUUUUUUUUUUUUUUUUUUUUAGUGAUGGGUUUUCUAUGUUUUAAUAUAUUAUUUCUAAUUGGAUUA